AUGCUUCAUGAAGCGCUAGACUCCUUCACGGCAUUGGGCGAUGCGCUGACUGAUCCGAUCUCGGAGGAACAGCAAAAACAAAUAGAUGACUAUGUGGCAAAAGCGCACCAUGCCAUGGAACUCGCGCAAACAACUGCCAUUGAAAUAGAAUGCAACCGCGUGAGCGUCCGUGAACACGCGCAAACGCCUUUUAGCUUCCAUGCGCAAUAUCCAACAAUGAAGGAAGUCACAGUCGCUCAAAGCGCAUUUCCACCUAUACCCAUACCUCCGUUCAGUGAGAAAAUUUGGAAAUUCCGAAACUUUUGGGUAUUGUUCGUAGCAAACGUCCACAACCAACCAUUGACGAAGCUACAGAAGUUCAACUACUUAUUAAAUGCGCUACGCGGAGAAGCUCGCGAAACAGUGCGCCGCUAUCCAGUUACAGAAGACAACUACGACCAUGCUGUUCGCCUUUUAUGCGCUAAAUACGGCGAUGACACUAAGUCCAUCGCCUGUCUACAGUCUCGCUUGGACAACGCGAAAGCAGAAAAACUAACGAUCCCAGCACAGCGGCGCCUCCUAGAAUUUCUCAUCCCAAUAGUGACACAGCUGAUGGAGAAGGGUGUACCUCUAGAUGGAUCGUUUCUCGUACAAAAAAUACUUUCAAAGUUCUCGGUAGAUCUCCAGAGGAAAGUUCUCCGUCUGAGAAAGAAUCCAUGCCUAGGUGAAAGCGCUUGGUCUAUGCAAGACACCUUAGCCAAUGUCGACGAAAUCAUAUCAAUGGAAGAAAAAAAUAAGUGA